AUGGCGGUGUGCCGGCGGGCAUCGCAGGGUCUCCUGCGACACCACCUCAAGACGGCCCUGGACUGCUGGCAGGCAUACCGGGCCAACCCCCCCGUCCUGACCCGCGCCACCUCCAGCCUGCCCGGCACCCCCCACCUGACCCCUGCCAUCCAGGGCCGGCUGGACGAGAUCGCGGCCCGGCACGCCGCGUUGGUGCGCGAUUCUCUGGCGCCCUCCUUUUCGCGGCUGCCGCCCCAGGAGAUGGCGCGCCUGGCCCGCGACAUCGCGGAGCUGGAGCCCGUGGUGGAGGCCGCGGCGCGUCUGGCGCGCCGCCGCGCGGAGCUGGAGGAGGUGGCCGCCAUGGCCCGCGACCCGGGCGAGGAGGAGGACCUGCGCGCCGCGGCCGCGGCCGAGCGCGACGAGCUGGCGGCCGCGCUGCCCGCGCUGGAGUCGGCGGUGCUCCUGUCCCUGGUCCCGCCCGACGCCGCCGACGGGCGCGGCGUGGUGCUGGAGGUUCGCGCCGGCACCGGCGGCGACGAGGCCUGCCUCUUCGCCGCCGACCUGUUCGGCAUGUACGCCGCGCACGCCGCGGCGCGCGGCUGGCGCUGGGAGUCGGGCGUGCACCGCGUGCAGCGCGUGCCCGCAACCGAGGCCUCGGGCCGCGUGCACACCAGCGCCGCCAGCGUGGCGGUGCUGCCCCAGGCCGCCGCGGUGGAGGUGGACCUGCGCGAGGAGGACCUGCGCGUGGACGUCUUCCGCGCCAGCGGCGCGGGCGGGCAGCACGUCAACACCACCAACAGCGCCGUGCGCGUGACGCACCUGCCCACGGGCUUGGCGGUGGCCAUCCAGGACGAGCGCAGCCAGCACAAGAACCGGGCCAAGGCGCUGCAGGUGCUGCGCGCGCGGCUGUACGACAGCCGGCGCCGGGAGGCGGAGCAGGCGCACGCCGCGGACAGGAAGGCCCAGGGGCGCGUGACGGACCACAGGGUGGGGCUGACCCUGCAUGGGAUGGAGGCGGUGCUGGUGCAGGGAGACAUCGACCCCUUCAUCGACGCCCUGGCCCUGGACCACCAGAUGCGCCUGCUGGCCAGCCUGGGGGCCUAG